CGGGUCCCCAUCCUCCCAGGGCUCCAUCGCAGCGGGAGGGCGCUGAGCCUGGCCACCCUCGCCACCAUCUCCGAGGUCCCCUCUAACUCUAGCCCAGCCCCCAAACAUCCACCGCGCCCCAGUCUGCCUUGGCUCCAGCCUCGUUUCUCAGGAGCGCGAGGAGGUAGCACGGGUCUCUUAAGACCAGCCACAGAGGCAUUCCGCACGCACCCCCCACCCCAAUGCCCCUCACCACGUCCGAUGGAGAAGAGAGGGCAGGGCACUGGGGAGAGGAUUUCGUAGCGCACGUCGAAGCCCCGGGCCCGAACCUGAACCACCUCACUGCCGGGGGCCAGGUCCUCCCGGAUAGUGAUAUUUGGGGCCUGCUGCCUGGACCAAAAGGGGGGCACUAGCUCAUGUCCGCUCACGCCAUGCCCUGGCCCUGUCCACAGGCCCCUCCCCCGGGGCUCCUCAUACAGGAGCUGGCUGGGGACACCCAGGAGCCCCACAUCUUAACCUCACUCCUCAUUCCCUGGGGCUAAGCCUUGCCACUCCCACUGUACCCAGGGUAGGGGAGCCUUACAGGAAGGAGAUCUGACUGGAGGGAGCAGGCAAAACUUUCACCUUCAGCGUCCCAUGGCAGCUUCGAUUUUGUCCAAAGGUCACCAAAAUCUGAAGCUGGAAGACCUGCAGUGCACACAAAACAGGAAAGGAACUAUGAGUCUACCUAUAUGUCUGUGUCUAGUCUUCCCUCCGAAUAGGUACUCCCUGCCUCAGGCCCUCCACAAGGAGCCCCAACACUCACUCUGCCCUAUGACCCGUCACUCUGCUGACAGGUACUCCUUUGAGUCCUAUUCUUUGGGGCUAUAAAUUCUUCUUUAAGGAUGCUAACAAUGCAAAGAAGUGUGAUAUCUGAGUCAUUUACAAUGUGACAUCAUCUUAGAGCCAAUCCUUAAGACAUGGAAGUUUUAAAGAAGGAAUUUCUUUUCUUUUUUUAAGAAGGAAUUUCUUUAACCUCCUCCAGACUGUACUGGCCACUUCACCCAGAACUUUCUCUUCUUGUGUGACUGCUCUGCACACUCUUAGUUCUAUAAAAGGAACUGGGAGCUCCCAGAACCAGAGAUCCCUUUUCUUUCUGGAACUCCAGAACCCAGGACAGAACCAGGCCAACAUUGGAGCACAGCCAGCACGUGACAACAGCUGUGUGGCCGGGACACAGGCUCACCUCCCAUGUCUGGGCCCCUUCCAACACCCCCCAAACCUGGCCCAUGUGUUCCGCUCAGCCACCGGCUCAGGGCUUCAGAUGCCUUGGAAGAGAAUUCAGUCUGCUGUGUAGAAGAGGAGGAGGAAGGUGUAGUCAUAGGAGACAAGGGUGUUGUCUUGAGGAGCCCCAGGGAACAUGCCCUGGACUGGGACUCUGGCUUCUCUGAAGUGUCAGGCAGCACAUGGAGAGAGGAAGAAUUGCCUGUACUCCAGCACCCAUCACCCCCAGCAUGGCCCCCACAUAGACAACGCCUCUCAGCCAGUGGCAUUCCCCUGCCCAGCAGAGCCCCUGCGGCCAGUGCACCACCUGCCCACCGGCCACGUCCCAAGUCUACCCCAGAUGCCUGCCUGGAGCAUUGGCAGGGGCUGGAAGCUGAGGACUGGACAGCAGCCCUGCUGAACAGAGGUCGCAGUCGCCAGCCCCUGGUGCUGGGGGACAACUGCUUUGCUGACUUGGUGCACAACUGGAUGGAGCUGCCAGAGGCAGCGGGUGAGGGGGACAAUGGUGGUGGGCCCCGUGCCCGUGCUCGUCCCCCUCAGUUCUUGCUUGGGCUCUCUGAGCAGCUGCGGCGCCAGCUGGCCAGGGCACGCCGGGCGGCUAUGGCGGGAAAGCGACUGUCGUGCCCACCUCGCCCGGAACCGGAACUGCCUGCAGAUGUCUCACGCUUUGCAGCCCUCAUGAGCUGCCGCAGCCGCCAACCUAUCAUCUGCAAUGAUGUCAGCUACCUCUGACCCUGCCCUCCAGCCUGGGACAAUAAAGGCCUUUUCUGGACUA